GCACAAGCAGGACAGAGAGAAGGAGAGUUGAGUAAUGGCAAGAACCAAGCAGACCGCUCGUAAAUCCACCGGUGGUAAAGCCCCGAGGAAGCAGCUCGCUACUAAAGCAGCGCGGAAGAGCGCGCCAGCCACCGGCGGCGUCAAGAAGCCCCAUCGCUACAGGCCCGGGACCGUGGCUCUCCGAGAGAUCCGCCGUUAUCAGAAGUCCACCGAGCUGCUGAUCCGCAAACUGCCUUUCCAGCGGCUGGUGCGAGAAAUCGCUCAGGACUUCAAGACGGAUCUGCGCUUCCAGAGCUCCGCUGUCAUGGCCCUGCAGGAGGCCAGCGAGGCUUAUUUGGUGGGUCUGUUCGAGGACACCAACCUUUCAGUGAUCAUGUCUGGAAGAGGCAAAGGCGGGAAAGGGCUCGGGAAAGGAGGCGCGAAGCGUCACCGUAAAGUUCUGCGCGAUAACAUCCAGGGAAUCACCAAACCCGCCAUUCGUCGUCUGGCUCGCCGCGGCGGCGUCAAGCGCAUCUCCGGGCUGAUCUACGAGGAGACCCGCGGUGUGUUGAAGGUGUUUCUGGAGAACGUGAUCCGCGAUGCCGUCACCUACACCGAGCACGCCAAGAGAAAGACCGUCACCGCCAUGGAUGUUGUGUACGCGCUGAAGCGACAGGGACGAACCUUGUACGGCUUCGGAGGAUAAACACCUGAAACCAGGAGAAACUACACAAACCCAACGGCUCUUUUAAGAGCCACACACUCUUACACACAAAGAGCUGAUCAGAUCAUAUUGAUUCAUGUGUUAUUCAGAUAUAAUGAAACGCUUCUGAGUAAAACAUGAAAAUAUGAAAGUCAUCUGAAAAAAAUUAGUGUCUUUUUUUUUAAUAGUUACUUUAAUGUUAUGAGUCUGAUUGCAUUUAGAACUGAGUCUAUUUCUCUUUUAAGAUUAAAAUUUAUAACCAGAA